ACAAAAGGAAAGAGAGAAAAAUUUGGUUAGCCCUUUCGCCUCCGUCGUAAUCCGUUUGAGAAGAAGUAAAGUGGAUAGAGAGAGAGAGAGAGAGAGAGAGAGAGAGAGAGAGAGAGAGAGAGAUCUCGGACUUGUUAGGGUGCGUCGUCGGUGUAAUGAGCAGCCAGCUUUUACUCCUCUUCUUCUUCUUCUUCGUUUAUUUUUGUUUUUGUGGGGAUCUGUUUGUUUGUUAGGGUUUGAUUGCGAUUUUUGGAGUUGGCAGGGAGAAUGCUUCAGAUACGACUAAGGAGGGAUUCUCCAACGGAGACUGGUAGCGGAGCAAGACCUUCGCCCACGGAAACAGUUACCGUAGCCUGUCCCGACCAUCUGGUCCUCGCCGACCUUCCUGUCGCCAAAGGGAUCGGUUCCGUGACUCCCACCACCGUGAUCAAGCCCGUGGGACGCCGUUCUCGCAGGCAGCUAGGGGAGAGAGUUCAUUUCUGCGUCCGUUGCGAUUUCCCCAUUGCAAUCUAUGGCCGUCUGAAUCCAUGUGAUCAUGCCUUUUGCCUCGAAUGUGCUCGCAGUGACUCCAUCUGCUAUCUAUGUGAUGAACGUAUUCAAAAGAUUCAGACCAUCAAGAUGAUGGAAGGUAUCUUCAUCUGUGCUGCUCCUCACUGCCUCAGGUCUUUCCUCAAGAAACCUGACUUUGAAUCCCAUGUCCAUCACCUCCACGCCUCCCUUUUACUACCCGAUCCUUCUGAUAAAGAAGACGGCAACGACUCUGACGUUCAGAGCACUAAGCAGCAAUCUUCUGCUUCUGAAUCCACUUUGCGUGCCCCCUUAAGAUCCCAGCUGCCUUUACUACACAGGUCUUCUUCUUUGUCUAAGCCACUUUCUGGAUUUGGGAGUUACCCUGCUGACAACGAUAACUCUCGUCCUCCCGGUUUCGAAACCGCCAGUCCUAAACCUGGAAUCCGGUUCCCAGAUUACCCUCCGCCUAUGAAUAUCAUGCAACCCCCCACCAUGCCCAUUCCCAUGAAUGCUUUGCCUCAGCAGUUUAGUUUUCCGCCUUAUCCAACCGCUGAUGGAUCCUCUCAGCAAUUCUACAAUGGUGCACCUUUUGAAUUAGCAAGACCAGAAGGCAGCGGCUCAGAACACGGUUCCGCCCCAGGGUAUCAGCAGCAGCAGCCGCAGCAGCCUGCGCCAAUGAUGAAUCCCAGUUUCCAAGGAUCUUAUCCCCCACAGUCGUCAUGGAAUCCCGGUAUGGCACCGCCUCAGACGACUCAGCAGGCUAACAGGGGUGGUAGAGACGCUCAAGGUUUUGGGUGGCAACAAGAUAACCGUGAUGGUUUUGGGCAGGAGUAGUAACUAUUAGACUAGUUUCAACUCUUCUUCUUUUAUGUGUACUGUUUAAACUAUUUGUUUGAAAGUUUCAAUAAGUGUUUCUGGGACGCUGUCUUUUUUUGCUUC